CUUGACCCGGAUGUGGUUUAUGCAGUUCCUGAUCCCUGUGUUUACAUCUGGGAAUGAUAACACUGGAGCUAAACUCAACACAGAGGAAUUGAGAAACAGGGAGAGCAGAGAAGAACUCCCGCUGUGGUUGCUAUGAUGCCUCUGGGAUUGAAGCCAACAUGCAGCAUGUGCAAAACCAAUUCUUCUUCCAUGUGGAAGAAGGGGAGCCAAGGAGAGAUUCUUUGCAAUAACUGCACUGGGAAAAGUAGCAGUUACGGACCCAGCACUGGUGGGAGCAGCACCUUCAGCGGGGCAAUUUUCGCAAGCACCUCAACUUCACAACAAAGCAACGGGGGCAGCAGUAAGCAGUCUAAACAGGAAAUCCACAGAAGAUCUGCCCGUCUGAGAAACACCAAAUAUAAAUCAGCACCAGCUGUUGAAAAGAAGGUUUCCACCAAAGGAAAAGGCAGGCGUCACAUAUUUAAACUGAAAAAUCCGAUUAAAGCCCCAGAAGCUGUAUCUACAAUAGUAACCAGCGAGUCCAUUUUCCAUAAGGGUUUGUACUAUCAGGUCGGUGAUGUUGUUUCGGUUACUGAUGAAGAUGAUGGUAAAACAUACUAUGCCCAGAUCAGAGGUUUCGUUCAGGAUCAGUACUGUGAGAAGAGUGCGGCUCUGACAUGGCUGAUCCCUACUCUGUCAAGUCCACAGGACUGCUUUGAUCCAGCAUCUUAUAUAAUAGGACCAGAUGAAGAUCUCCCCAGGAAAAUGGAAUGUCUGGACUUUGUGUGUCAUGCUCCUUCGGAAUAUUUCAAAUCUCGUUCAUCCCCCUUCCCCACCUUGCCCACCAGACCUGAAAAGGGGUACAUUUGGACUCAUAUGGGCCCCACUCCUGCAAUCAACAUAAAGGAAGCUAUUGCAAACCACUUAUAGCUCUACCUAUGGAAUUUAUUUCCUUUGUGUUCUGGGUUCAAAAACUGUUUACCAACCUGCAGGUUGUCCGUGAUCCCACAGUGAAGAUUUGAAGAACAGCAACAUAGGAAGAAAUGACAGUUCAACUGACUACCUUCUUUUUAUACUGUUUUAUUUUUUUUAAGCAUAUGCAUUAUUUUGUCACUGUAUAAAAUGUAUGCAAUGUCAACAGUAAGCGGAGGCAGGCUGAAAACUGAAUUGCAAAAUUUAGACAAAAAUAGUAGUUUUUCAGUGUCUCUCCAUUUGACUAUUUUAGCCUGCUUUUUUUGCAGUUUAUUUUUCAAUUCACCAAAAAUCACUGUUUAGUGAAUAAUCUUUUAUGUGUACCAUGUUAUAAUUAUCAAAACUAAAAUAUACUUCACAGCUGGCUAUUCUAGUUUGUGAGUCAUUAAAAACUUGUUUUAUUUGAGUCAA